AUGGCCAGAUAUCAGAGCAUCAGUAGCAUCCCCUGCCUCGGCGGGACCGGGAUCGUGGUGGUCCUGUUCCUUGGUCAGUUGGCCUGCGGCCAGUUCGUUCCGGGCCCGAUUCCCCGCCAGCAGAGAUCCCUCUUCGGACCGGGUCCUCCGCCCGGCUGGAGCGGUGGUGGCCUCAGUCACGGAUGGAACGGUCCCAGCUUCGAGUUCAGCCACCUCCCGCCAUCCUCCAGCCCGCACGUGACCAAGGACGAGCUACUUGCCCUGCUGGCCGCCUGGAAGGAUGUGGCCGUGAAGCCCACGACUCCAGCGCCGGAGCCGGAGCCCGAGCCCGAGCCUGAACCCGAGCCGGAGACCACUCCUGCCCCGCCGCCGGAGGACGAGGAUGAGCCAGAGCCGGAGCCCCCGGCACCAGAGGCACCGGCUGGUCCGCCACCCGGUGUGCCCGUCACCGUUUCGCUGCCCGCCCUGGUGCCCAUCCAACUGGCGGCCAUGUGGCAACAGCCGGCGCCAGGAGCAGCUCCUGGCGGCUUGGGUCCCCUCAACCUCGGCGGAUUGGGCCUGGGGGGCAUAGCCCUGAAUAACCUGGGCGGUGGUGCGGCAGCAUCAGGAUCAGCUGCGGCGGCCGGAGGCGGAGGAGCUGCGGCCGCUGGAGCUGCUGCAGCAGCGGCACGAUCCGGAUUGGCCCGUCCCAGAGCACGGGCAAGGAUCGGAGGACGUGCGUCCAAUGUUCAGCCCGCCAUCCGCUUCCCGGUGGCCAAUCCGCGCAGCUUUACCUCCAACAACUACGUGGCGCCCAGGCCACGUUACUAUCGCGAUACAGAGCCAAUGCGCAUCAAUGUAAUGGCACCUUCGCCCUACCAAAUGGCCAAUGUUCAGGGUCCGGUUCAACUGGUGCCCGCCUACUGGCAAUAG